CAAUGCAUCAUAUCAUGUCAUAGCCCAUUAAGUAACACAUUUCAAAUGAUGCCAGUUUACUAAAUUUACAAGGACAACUUUCGUACAUGGGACCCUCCUCCCGCAUGACGUCACGGUCCCUGAAGUGCGCUGCCGAAAGCCGAAGAAGCCAGAAGCCUGGCAAAGUCGUUUGUUGCUCGUUGCUCCGGCACGCAGCGUGUGCAUAAGGAGACUUUGAGAUUUGGUUUUCAAUGGGCAGUUCAACUGUUAAGCUACUCCAAUAAAAAUGAAGCAACACCUUGUUACCGUGUGUAUAGUAUGUAUAUUGUGUGCUGCCCAUGCACCAUGUUCUGCACAUCAACAUGACAUGAGUCCAUCACCCCUGGAAAUGGGCUCUAAAGGCACGGUGCAUUUACACAAUGAAUCAGAAAGAAGAGAAGCAUUAUUUGAAGGAGAGUGGGAUAGUAAAGUUUUUGUUAAGAAAAUGUUUUCUAAAUAUGGUGAUGGAGAACAUCUGACAAUGGCUGGUUUUGAAGAGCUAAUCAAAGCACUCCAGCUAGAUCCUAAAUUAUUUCACCCAUCAAAUGUUGAUGUUCCACUUAACAACUCUUCUGAAAGUGAAGCUGCUUCUAGAUGUGUUCCAAUUGAGAAUCUUGUAAAAACAACUCACAAAUCCAAUAACAGUGAUAACAUUACUUUCAAUACUGGUGACUAUGAACAUUUAUGUCCCUUACUUCUGUAUAAGCUUGUGGAACCUAGCAAGUGCAUAUUGGAAAGUGAGAUUUCAAGUGGUCUGUCUUCGACAUGGUCGAGACAAGUCGCUUCUGCAAUUCCUGCAGGACCAGGAAAUACAUUAGAUGUUUGGCUGUGGGCUACCCUUAGUAUUAUUGUGAUAAGCUUGUGCGGACUUCUUGGUGUAGCAGUGAUUCCCGUGAUGCAGAAAACCUACUACCAGCAACUACUUCAGUUUCUUGUUGCACUUGCUGUUGGUACACUGUGCGGUGACGCACUUUUACACCUCCUACCUCAUGCUAUGAUGGCAACCGGAGAGGAAGCCAGUCACGGCAGCAGCCUCUCCCAUACACAUGAUCACGACCACGGGGAUGACCCCCACUCAGCCAACAUGUGGAAAGGCCUUGUAACUUCAUUAGGAGUUGUGUUCUUCUUCCUCAUGGAGAAAUGUCUCACUUUGUGUGCUGAAUGGAGGAAAAGACGUCAAAGAAAAAGCAGAACACCUACUCCAAGAGUUCGAGUAAUGCGGGAUACAGAAGAUGUAGACAACAAUACUGUUGGUGAAAAGUUAUGCAAACACAAGUACAGUUCAUAUCCUUACUGCUAUGGGGACAUUACGAAGGAAGAAACUCUCCAAGAUGGCAAUUUGCAUAAAAAUGGUGGACCAUCAUCCCUACAAUUAAACAAUACACAAGAAGAUCUUACUUCCACUCCAGCUCUCACUAAUGACCGAGAUGCGGUUGUUACAGCUGGUCAUGAUUUAGAAAGUGAAAUUAAAGAAUUGAAACCCAGUGAUAAGGAUUAUACCAUAAUCAUCAGGGAACACAAGAACCACCACCAUGGUCAUUCUCACACACAUGGUCAUGUCCACUCUGCUCCCAACAGUCUCUCCAGUGUAGCAUGGAUGGUAAUUAUGGGUGAUGGUCUCCACAAUUUCACAGAUGGAAUGGCUAUUGGGGCAGCAUUUGCAGCAAAUAUUGCUGGAGGAUUUAGCACUGCGGUUGCUGUAUUUUGCCAUGAAUUACCUCAUGAACUUGGUGACUUUGCAGUUCUUCUGAAAGCAGGCAUGAGUGCAAAGCAAGCUGUUUUCUACAACCUUUUGUCAUCAGUGCUUUGCUUUUUUGGAAUGUGCCUUGGUAUAGUCUUAGGAAAUACUGAAACUGCAUCCCAGUGGAUUUUUGCUGUUGCUGCGGGAAUGUUUCUUUACAUUGCCUUAGUAGAUAUGAUUCCUGAACUGUCAACAAGUCAUACAAGUGAGGGUGGUUCUGUAUGUCAAUGUCUUCUUCAGCUGAUGGGACUGAUGUCAGGCAUUGGUAUCAUGCUUUUGAUUGCACACUACGAGCAUGAUCUCAAACGCUCAUUUACCUGACUGAAUUUCAUGGUUUGAAACAUGCUUGUUUAAUGUAAUGAGCAAUAAUUUGGAAGACACUGUAUAUUCACAUCUAGAUAUGUGCAGCUUUCUUUACCCUUUGAGGUAUCACAUGUGUUUUGACUGAGCUGAACAUGCUAGAACUUGUAUAGAAGUGUGGUCUAAUGUGAUAGUAAAACUGGACAGUUGGCCCUUCUAAAUGUGUGAGUGAAAAUUUAACUUAAAAUAUCAGCCAUUGGCAAGGCCCCUUCACAUUUCCUGUUAAUUUUAAAUUAUUUUUUUUGCCAGUAAAACCUUAAUGCAUUUUUGUAAAGGCUUUAUUUGCCCUUCUGGCAUUUCUGUGCUUUCUUUAACCAUUCAAAGAAGGAAUUGUUUCAGCUUCUUCUGAAUAACUUCAGUAAAUCAAAAUGAUAACCUUAUCUUUCUGCUAGAUCAAUUUAUGCUUAAUUUGCUGAGUUUAGCAAUUGGUAUUCUCUAGAACAUAUCUCUGCGCCUUUAUGUAUUUAGUUAAUGACAGGAGGUUACAGGUAUCAUCAUGCCUCUUGUUUAAUAGUCAAUUUCACUUGCACAUGGAGGGAUCCUGAUAUAGUCCUAUGCCAAAUUAAUUACAUACAUAUUUAUGAUAAAUAUCUAUAUUUUUUUCACUUGUUUCAAACUAUGAGGUUAGAGAAUAGGCCUAUUUCCACUUCACGUUUCUUGAAUGAUUAGCGGUAAGAAGACCAAAUAUGAUUUAUUGCAAUUACUCUUUGCUUUCAGUAGUAAAAAUGUUUGUAGAAUAAGAUAUAUUAUUUGACACUGGAAGAAAACUGCGUAUCUUCACAAGACUGAAGUUCUUCAGCCCCAUUUCAAUUAUUUUUUGUACACUUGAGUCUCAUGUUCUUAACUACUGAACACAAUGUAGGAAACCUCUCUCUGCAUUGUGCUACUGAAAUAUUUCUGCAUUUCUAGUAAUGUUUUUAUUUUAUGAAUCUGAUUACACAUUUUAACAUUGUGUAGUAUAGUUUAUUUGUUCCGAAUAUUUUCAAGACUUGUUUGUUGUAGUCUAUUCGCAGUUGUUUUUGGGCUUACGUACCUGACACUAUUAAAUCAUGCUGUAAACCAGUAUUAUAUGUUUUCACAAGAAUUUGUGUUACAUGCUCUAAAGAAGCUGGCUUGAUGAUUUAAUCCAGGUCAAAGUUGGAUCUUUGUACUUCAUUUUAUUCAGUAUUAUGGUGUUGGCUAUUGACCUGUCAUUCAGAAUUGAUCUUGGCUCAUAUUAAGAGAGGAAGUGAUGUAGUGAUUUGUUCUAUUUUUAUUUCAAGCAUUGAACUCUUGUUUAGGACUUUAAAUUCUAUGUCCUAUGACUUAUACGUUAUAACCUUGGGGAAGCAUGUAUAAUUAUAUCUGCAACAUUAUAAUUGUUCUUGAAUUUGUUUCUUUUUUUAAUAUAUUUUGCGACAUCUCGACUUAUGAUAUUUGGCAUGUCCUGUUUAUCAUGUGAUCUCAUUGUGCAGUACUGUGUCAUGACUUUUUGAUGUGGUUUUCCUGCUGAAACUCUGGUACUUCAGCAAGUAUGUCAUGGUUCUUCUCUACCUGGUUAAAAUUUUAAAUUUUCAUUCAAGCUAACAUCUGAUGCAGGUAGCUGUACCUCAUUUUGCUCAAGGACCAGGUGGAGAGAACUGAACUGCCAAAAUGGUGACUGCUAUCUAUGCUCAAGAAUAAUCAUUAUGGCUAUCAGCUUAGAUCAUGGGUCUUACAAGCCCUUUUUUUCUUAUAAUACUUCAAUAAGGGAGGAAAGCCGUGUACUUCUUGAUUAUUUUAUUGAAAGUUUAUUUUACUUGAUUCCAUUUAGUAACAACUUUCUCAGAUAAUUGCUUCCAUGUGUGCUUCAUAUCAUUGGCAGUGUUGACCAAAUUUCACAUAAUUAAUGUAAUGUACUACUGGUUGGCUGCAGUUAGGAACUUCUAUUCCAAACUCUGAUGCCUCAUCUUUUGUUUUUUUGUUCAACACAAACUUAAAUGUCUGACUUACACAAGUUCUCUUCAUGUAAUUUUUAAUGGAGUGUGUCAUCUUUAUUGUAGCUUAUUGAGCUGUCAUGUCAGUAAUUUAAUUUUUAAAUAUAAAGCGCUUUUAAUGCCAAAGACUUGAAGAAGGAUUUGUAAUGGGAAAUGCGUAGAAUUAAAUCUGACUUUGAACUCUUAUUUAACCUAGUUCAGCAUUAUAGGCAGCGAACAAUUACCUGUACUUUGGAAUCCAGUAAUUUCAGCUACAAAGUUUGUGUUCAUUGCCUCAUGUUAACUUACUUGUUUAAUUUCUGUAUCUAUGUGCGUGUUUUAAAUUCACUCCUGCCAGGCAAUAAACUUAAUUUGAACUAUGAAAAUUUUAAAUUUUGGAGAAAGAUGUAUGAUUACUAUCAAAUAUUUUAUUUCAAAAGGACUUUGGAAUUAGUGAUGGUGUUCACAUACACAGUGGGUGAUUCGCGCUGUUGUUUUUUUCCUGGCUGUACUGUACCGGAUCCUUGCGUGCGGACGGGUUGCACACUCGCACGGCAUCAUGCCGCGGAUCACCCAUCCUGUAUUAGGAAUAGGAGUUUCAAAGGAGAAAGUGUCUUACUGAUUUGUCUCUAUGGUUAUUUGGUUUCAUUAUUGUCUUUUUGAUGAUAUUCUAGCUAACACACUAACUUAUAACAAUUGUUCCUGUAUAAAAGCUAGAACAUAUAUUAGAACAGUUGCUACUUCAACUUGUGAUAAAAAGAUAAACAUUGGUACGUGGCACAUGUGAGAAAUGUAGUGCUUUGAACUUUACACUGCUUUCCACGAAUAUUUCCCAAAGCACUACAGUACAUGAAAAAAUUGAAAAAUUAAAAUACAAUUGGAAAACAUACUUCAGAAAUCAAUAUUAUUUUGUUUCAAACUUGUAAUUUUUUUGUACCACUCUCCUUGUAGCAAUGGAAGUGAGGUUUUCAUUUUUGACAAUUUCAGACUUCUGACUGCUGCUUGUGCUGUUUUCAAUUGUGCUAUGGACGACCUUGUUUAAACAACAAACCAUGGUUUUCAGAUUUUUCUGUGGUGUAACCAACUAAAAUUUUAACUUAAUAAUAUUGUUUUGUAAAUAUAUUUUUGUUGUACUUAUUAAUUAAAUGCAAGUUAUUAGACCACCACCUUA